UACAAGUCUUUUACCCCUUCUAUACCACAAUUGUCUUACUCUGGAUGCUAUAACUGAUCUGCAAAACCUUUGCAGCUAUACUAAAUUGUUUUGAGUUUAUCUUGGGAACCCAUACACUACUAGGUAUCCAAUAUGACUUUCUACGACGGUCAGUAUCCAUUUUAUCCCACCUCAAGGCAGUCCUACAUUUUCAGCGUCAGCAUCAUCAUCGUCAUCUGCACAUUCCUGGCGUUUGCUCUGAUAUUUCUUUCCAUUUUGCCAGGAAUUCGAGGAAAGGGGAGAGUGUUCUGGUUUUUCCGAGUCUUACUCAGCCUGUUUAUCGGAGUCGUAAUUGUUGUUGUCAAUUUUACAAGUGAUUGGGAAAUUGGCUCCACCAAUGCAAAUACAACCUACAAAUCGUUCACCACUGAAAAGGUUAAUGCAAAAAUUGGACUCCAUGUGGGACUAAGUGGAAUCAAUGUGACCUUAAUAGGUAUGCCUGUCAAUCAACUUAAUGAAACUAUUAAUUACAAUGAGAGGUUUACGUGGCAAAUGGGAAGAAACUAUGAUGAUACCUUUUACAACGCCCUAGUGAGAGGCCUUCCAAACCCCAUCCUCUAUAUCGCAGAGAAGUUUACCUAUGGCAGCCCCUGCUCUCUUUUGGUUCAGUACAGAAUCUCUGGACAGUAUGCAUCUAUAACAAUGUGGGUGGCAUUUUGUACUUGGAUCAUUUCAAACAUUCUCUUCUGCCUGCCUGUUUCAGUUUAUGGAGGUUAUAUGAUGAUUAUAACUGGAGCCUUCAUGAUCUUUUCACUUAUUUCAUUUGCAACUGUGCGACUGAGUCCGAUGUGUGAAAUCCACUUCGCCGAUGCAAUACUGGAAACAAGAUUUGGAGGAUCAUUCUGGUUGACAUUGGCAACAGGCAUUCUCUGUUUCAUCAUUGCAUUUACUGUAAUUGCAAUGCACAUCUUCUGUCCAGAUAAGUUAAAAUUAGUAUUUCUGCUUGAUGAGGAUGAUGCUGAUGAAGAUGAUGAAGUAGUACCUGCAUAUAAAAAUCCUGCAUUUGUUGAUGAAGAAAAUAACAUUUUCAGCAUUUCAUUACACCAACGUACAUGAACUCUUUUUGGACUUAAAUAUACAUGAAGUUAGUAACCUGAUUUUGUAAAGGAUUAUCUCCAUGUGUACUGGGAAGAGUGAAGCAUUUCCUAGAGCCUGCAUCACUCUGAUUCAGAGACAUGAAUGAAACAACCAGUCCAUAUGUGAUUAUAUAUUACUAUCUGGAAAAGCAAAAUCUGGAUGAGAAGUUAACAUUAAGAAUUGUUCUUUGGGCUGAAGGAACAUUUUUAACAAUAGCUGGAGUCUCUGUUCACAGAAGUAAGCGAACAAAGAUGGAUCCAGUGUAGGAAGACAUUCUAAUAUCAAAGGGACUCAGAAAUAAUUUCCAACAGUGCCAGAUUAGAACUCUGACAUAAUUCGUUUUUGGGUUGGAUAUUGAAAAGAUUAUAACAUGGGAAUCAUUAUUGUUUACAUAAAAAUGAUGUAAAUAUUUAUUUAUUUAUUUGAGAGCAAUACUCUUUUUUUGUAUUCUGUGACAAAAUUGAGUCAGUGGAAAAGCUGGUCUUUGCCUCCCUGCUGAAGAGAUCUGAAGCCUGUUCUUAAAGCUGAUAUACCAGAUGGAUUUGCCAGUAGCUGAUUAUAGCACAUUAAGGCAAAUUCUCAGGUUCUCUCCAUUUAGACCCUUCUGGUCUCAGUUUUGUAUAGUGUAAAUAUCCAAGCUUUGGCAAUGAUGUAAAACAGUCCUAAUGAUCAAGCAUUUCCAAACAAAAGUACCAGUUUUACUAUUUGUCAGAAGAAAAAGAAACAACUAACAUUUUUAUUAUUAUUUUAGCAAUAUUGUUUUAUUAUGAAUACUAGAAUUUUAGGCAAUGUAUUUUUAUAAAAGUUGGACAAAACACACUUCCUCAUAGGCUGAUUGGCUAGACAGAUCCAGUUAAAAUGCAUUAAUAAAGAUGUCGAGAACUAGUUAUACAAAAAAAAAAAAAUAAAAAUGUUUACUGUGCUUCUGAAACACAAGUAAUUUAUAUACCCUAACUGAUUUAGUAUUCAAAUCACUGCUUAACUAUGCAGUGGCUUGUGGAAACUUUUCCUGCAUUUCCCUUUUAUAUAAAGUUUUUUGGUUAAAAAUGCAAACAUUAACAGUAUGUUGAUUAAUUCUGCAACAUGCAUAUAUAUGUAUGCCAAGAAGUUUGGGAGAUUACAGUAGAGACUGUAAUGUUGCAAAAGUAAUAUUAAACAUUAAUUUAUGUGCCUUGAAAAUUUGUAACACUCAAUAUACUUCAUCAUUGUUUUACACUCAUUGUGAAGCUGCACAUUUGUAACACAUAGAGCUGGAUAUUAAAGUUUAAUGUAAAUUCUUACAUUCUGUUACAUUAUCAAAAUCAGGUCAUGCAUUUCUGGAUAGAAGGUCAAAGCAUCUUUGUCCUUAUGAAAGAAAUCACCUACUGAAGUUGCUUCGGCUCAGCUUGUCAUUGUAACUAACACUGUGCACUUUAUUUAAAAGUUACUGGAGAACUUAUACAUUUAGUUAUGUAAAUAGAUAUUUCAAGCCUUAAUUACAAAUGUAUGUUUCAUGUAUGUACUUGAUUGAACAGAGCACUUGUUAAUAAUUGUUUUAAAGGAGAAUAGAGUGGAAGUUCCUAACCAAAGAUAAUGGGGCAUUUAGCUAUUUAUUGGACUACUGAAGAUGAUUCAGAACUCCAGCAAGCACAGAUAUUUGCUUUCUGCCUUUGAAUAAAAUACAUUCUUCAUGCUCUGGGCUGGUACCAGAGUGAAGGACAGCUUGCUAGGAAGCUGCCUGGCUUCCUGAGUGGGGAAAAUGUUGGCUGCUGGUUGCUGCAUGGUUUCUGCAGGUCAGCUGAAGAGCAAUGCUAGUACCAAGGUGAAGAUGAGGCUGGACAAGAAGGUAGCAGAAAGCUACAGUGAUUUUAUAUAUUAGUUACUCGACUAUUGUUUAGAUUAUUGAAUGUAAAUUAUAUGUUUAUAUAAAUAUUUAUUUUGAUGUAAGUUAUUCAAAAAUCCAUUUUUGAAUAUUGUUAGAAAUAAUGUCAAAUAGAUAAUGAUUCUUGGACUACAAAUGUCUUAAUUAUCGCACUUUGAAUCAUGAUAAAGAUGAAGCAAUAUUGCACUACUGUGACUAAAUUGCCAUGGAAGUAUUUAAUAAAUUUCUUUUUUACAUUA